AUGAACCCUAGACGCUUUAGGCAUUACUCCUUUGAAAAAUUGUCUCCAUCAUCUUUUCAAGAGUAUUCUUCUGAAGCUCGAAAUGUAACUGAACCAUAUCCCCCGAUCGAAACCCAUUCUCCUCAAAACUCUUUUACGUCUAUGCUGAAUUCCUUUCCGUUUGGGAAGGAUGAUCAACUUUCUUCCAAUUCAUCCGUUCCCGUCGAAUAUCCUUCUAAUACUUCAGAUCCCUCCUCCGCAUUUUAUUCACGCUAUUUCCAAAGCCUCCAAGGCAAUGUAUCUAGCGAGUUGAAAGAUACGAAAAAGAUGAAUUCUCCUCCCCCUCCCAACAGCGGUGAGUUCAAUGAUCCUUGCAAUUUAUAUGUAUCCCCUUUUAAAAUAUGGCCUGCCGACAAUCAACAACCCUUUCAGUCCGUUUAUGAUACUCUUCCAGAAGCAGUUCAAUCUUCUGAAAGUGAUCGCUUUCAAGAUACCGCUUUUCACUCAUUAUACAAUCCUUCCUUUUUAAAUCCAUCCCAUCUCCCUGCGUAUCCCGCUCAACAACCUAUCUCGGAUGAAAUAUCAGACUCUUUAAAAUCUACGCGCUUAUCCUAUCCUCAACCCCUUUCAAGUAAUCCAGAUUCUUUAGACUUUCCAAAUGCGACUGCCUAUGCAUUUCUAGAUUCCACCGUUCCCUCUGCAGCUAACACGUAUCCGUUAUCUGCCUACACGACAUAUUCCUCGCAACUUCCUGAAUUAUCCACUCCCCACGAUUUUACAUAUCCCUCCUCUGCUUAUGCUGACCAAAGUAUGUCUCCAUUACAAACACCUUCCAUUUCUUUGGCCAACACCUCCUCUACAAACAUGAAUUCCCCUGCAAUUGAUGGUAUUCCCAGGACUACUCAUAAAUUGAGUUCCAAUGCUACCAACAAGCAUCACUUUCAACAAUCCUUAGCAACCCAUCCUUCCAUAGAGUCAGAAAGUCAACAUUUGUUUGCUCCAAACUUUUACGAAAGCAGUUCCUUAUUUUACCAACCGUAUACGGACCAGCCUCAUCAAGACACUUCUUGUCUGCCUCCUUCAUUACACUCAAAUGCUUACUGUCAUAAACCACCAAAGCAUGCUCAGUACCGUGCCACCCAUCCAGACUCAAUAAUUUCUACCAGGCCUUUGACAUCGGAUGCUUAUGCAUUCCAAAACGGGGAGCCAAUUUCCAUAAAAAAGAGUAAAAGCAUGACUGAAGAUUCAGUGCCGAUAAACACUACCAGCGAGUCCGCAUCGUGUUUGAUUCCCCCUUCUCUGUAUUCCUAUCACACCUACAUUGAAGAAAGAUUGCGUUACGUCUUACAACACCACGAAACUCUUUGCAGUUUUAAUAUUUGCAUGCCCUCCGUGUGCCAAAAAUCUUAUGGUAAUGAGCGACGAUAUUUAUGUCCUCCUAUUGUGUUAUACUUCUUGGGAGUCAACUGGUUCAAUUACGAAUCAGAUGAAAUGGUCAUUAUGUCGAAUAUAGUAAAAGAUGCCGAGGAUGAAAACCUUUCCAAGUCCAUUUUGUACUACAAUACUGACGGUAAGGAAAUAAGUUUUUACUCGGAAAAACGAGCUUCUGCGAACCAUGAGCAAUGUCAAAAAUUGAAUCCUGUUUGGGCAAGUACUAUGCUAAAAACUAUUUAUUAUACUGGAACAGGUGAACACGACAAACUGGGCCGCUCCAUGCAACUUCAACUUCAAAUUGAUACCAAAAACAAGCAACUAGGGAUUGAUAAAGUACGGUUAGGUGUCAUCUCCAAGCCCAGUCAAAAACGCGCUCUUGCCAAGGUUUCCGACAUGAGUAUUUGUCACGGUGAUUGCGUUAGUCUCUUUAAUCGAUACCGUGCCCAGCACAAUAAUGCAUUGUUUUUAAGUACUAGUAAAAUGUGUCAGGUACUAUCGGAUAAGAGCACGCGGAUGAAGACUUCUGGUAACUUUUUUCCGGACAUUGAUACUCCGACUGUAGCUGAAAAUGAGCAGGGCAGGCUUAUUAUGACCAGUGAUACUUGGGAACCAUUUUACAUUCUGUCUGUCGAAGAGCUCAAAAAAGGGAAUGGCAGUGUUGCAGCUAAUACUCAACGAGUUGUUUUGAGUUUUGAUACUCUUGUAAUUUUAGUUAGUAAAAUCACGGGAGUUCAAUCGCCGCCAUUAGUUUUGAAGAAACGGGAAAAUUGGAAAGUGUCCAUUUCUUGUACAAAAUCCCAUGAAUCCUUUAACUGUUUAUCUAAAUUAGCAUUUCAGUGUCCGGUGUCGAAAAAGUUUUUGUCUAUUGAUGAACUAAAUUCUGGAGAAGUUGGGUACACAGAAGGGGAAUUUCAGUUUAACGACAAACUAAAUCCCUCAAGAGCAACCCAUUCUGUUCUACCUUGGUCCGCAAUGUGGUCAAUUAUAUCUACACAAUCUUUCAACACCAAUUUCUACGAUGAGCCAAUCUUUAAAAAUCGUACACACUCGGUGCCAAGCAUGCCAUCGGUCAAGUGUUUGUAUAGUGACAAGCAGUCUCUGCUAUAUAUAUAUGGUACUGGGUUUGCAAAUGAUGUUCAAGUGUGGAUUGGCGAUGCAAAGUGUGACGUUUUAAAAAAAGCAGGUGACCCGUUAAAUACAAGUACUCUGCCAGACGUUGUGUCUUCAUCUCGUUUUUGUUCACGACUACAAGCUUUUCCAGUGAAUUUGACGUGCAUUGCAUGCGUUGUUCCAUUCCAUUUGUGGGAGUCGAAAAUAAAGAAAAAUCCUAUAUUGUUGUUUCAGCAUGACACCUUUUUUAAUUCUGGUUUUGCUUGGCCAUUGCAUUCGUGA